CUUUCCUGCACGUAUUGAAUAUAUAAUGGGGCACAAUUUCAGUAUUAACAUCAUUCGCUUUCAUUAAGCAUUUGUACCACUCACUAAAAAGUUGGUUGCUUCGCAGAUCUCGGACAAAAACACCAACAACAAAAAAGUAAAAUGUUGACCAAUACUCUAACGUACUUCGUGGCCCUUGUCACCUUCCUUGUAGGACGGAUGACUGUAGCAGCUCCUGCCUCCGGCGAUUACGAGCUUCCCUUGAAAGCUUUGGUACUUGUGACUAAAGCUGAGCUGGCUUCUUAUCCGGAGUGGAUCUUAGACUCUAUGCAGAUGCCGUAUGACUUGAUAUACCUGGUCGACGAAGCUGCACAUAAACCUAGUCAAGCAGCACAAGACCUCCACAAGAAUCUUUAUGAUGCUGAUGGUAAUCCUAUGUAUAGCUCGGUGGUUUUGGAGACUCUCCAGUUAGGAUAUGUGACCGAAGUAGACGGGGGAGAGGUGUUUCAAUCCGCACUGGACGUAACGACUUGGGAUGCAAUCAAUGAGAUGUGCAGACAGUAUCAGCUUCGCAAAGUGGUGCUAGCAUCAUCAUCAUUAGCUGAUGAAGCGUUGAUUCCAUAUAAGGGUUUGGAACGUGGGUCAUCUGAGGAUGCACUAAUUGAGUUUUAUGACAGCGACUAUGCCAAAAGUCUGCUUUUGCAUAUCAAACAUGACUCUCAGUUUGUGGUCGGUCAAGUCAACGAAUUUGUGCGUACAAUUUACUGGUAUUAUCCUGCAACACUGGCAAGUGACACUACACAUAUUAAGCCCUUCAUGAAACUCAAGCCCAGCUGCGCCGGUAAUAACGAGGCCCGUAUUUUGCAGCUGACACAACCCGAUAUCCCUAGCCUUCCUUGUGAGGAAAUAGAGUGGGUAGGAGGUUUCACUAUGGAGAAGGACGGUAUAGAAGAAAUGCACUUCCUUAUCAACAGCAAUAUCUAUGGGCAUCAUGGUUUUGUUGUUUCUGAUAUAUGGUUCACAUGGAUGACUAGAGGCGUCUGGCCGGGUAUGCGACGUGUGCCGUUGAACACCCAAGUUGAUGACUUUUUCCUCGCCACUGGAGUGUACAAUACAACGCUUGAUAGACAGGCGGUUGCCGACGAGCCAGUCUAUCGUACCAGUGGUACCGAUAUUGAGCUACUUGUACAGUGGCAAGAUAUGUUCAACAAGGCGCUGCCCAAAAAUUCACGAUAUGUCAUGGAAUUCGCGUUCAAUGGGGCCGGCUGGUUCGAUUUCGCAGACCUGCCCGACAAUUGCAAUCCGGUGACCAUUGAAAAACGCGAUCAUUUCUUCUGGGUCUCUCAUACGUGGAGACAUCUGGACAUGUAUUGUCCCUUUAGUGAUUGUGCCACUUAUGGCCUUACAAAAUACGAAGAUGUUAAAUUCGAGCUGGAGAAGAACGAGUGGAUGGCUGAGAAUGAACUUUUCUUUGAUGUCACCGACGAUGAUCUCAGCACCUACCCGACCUGGUCAGGAAAGUCGCUGGUCACACCCCGUAUUUCGGGUCUGAAUCACACCGAGUCUAUUCGCGCCAUGUCGGACAUUGGUAUCACAUCAGCCGUGGGAGAUAACUCGCGACUUGAUCUGAUGCCUGAUAACCCUUGGCAUGGAUUCCCUACCAAGGUAGCUGACGAAUCAGGACGUCGUAUUUUUGUCAUCCCACGGUUCGCUACUCGAGUGUACUUUGACGUAUCUCUCCCUCUACAGAGUAAGAUGGAGCACGCCAGUAUCUAUGGCCCUAACUGCUAUGGAAACCAACGCACAGAGGAUGUAACAUACCCCUGGAAAUGCAAUACUAAGACAUUUAAAUACACACGUGACCUGGAUAUUACGGAGAUAUUAUCUAUCGAGGCGUACGAAACAGGGCGUAACCUGCUAGCUUACCGUACUGACCCAUACAUGUUCCACCAAGCCAAUAUUCGGUUCUUUGAGUAUCAAGGACGCGUGCAGUCACUCACCACUAUGUGGAUUGAGGCAGUGGCCGGCGAGUUCCUCAAAUAUAAGGACUUACCACUGUUUUCAUUGAAACAAGAUGACCUUCGCGAGUUUUAUCAGCAGCGUAUGAAUCGCGACGCCUGCGGCAUCUCAGCCAAGUGGGUGUACAAAAAUAACCAACCCGUGGAACUCAAAUUGACCGGCGAUAAGGAUUGCGAGGCCAAGCUCACACGUGUGGAGAAUUCUGAAUUUAGCUUUACAGAUGUCGCAACAGAAGAACAUUACGGGUUCGAUCGCACGCGUGACAUCAAAAUUAAAAAGAACGCUGACACCGUGCUGACGGUCGGGCCUGCCAAUGGCGAUAACAAGCAGCAGGCACCACUGCCGUAUCCCCCUGCAGUACGUCCUAAUACUAACUACGACCGGCGUAAGGUUGCAAAUUCAUUCGGGGCUUUCCAAUCCAUGGCGGCUACAGCAGUAUUCGCGCUUGAAAAAUACGUCAAAGAUCUGUUGGCCGAGAAUUUGAAGUUCGUGGGAAAGUAUAGAACUCUGACUGAAGAGGCUACGUGCCGACCAAGCGAUGAUAAGCUUGACGAAAAGUACUUCGCAGAAUUCGACGAUGUGUCCCUGCCUACAGAAGAGGCCAAGAGAAAGGACAAACAGUCCUGGUACAGAAUCAUGGAGGAAGAAGAAACUAAGCUACAAACAGAACUCACUGAAAAAAGCACUGAGGUUAAUGAUGCGACACAAGCCGAGGUCAUUGCCGUAAUUGAAAAGGACAUUUCCAGCUCCAUCAGUAAUAUGGAAGACUGGGCAACUGACAUGAAUAAGCAGGCCUACGAAAACCUAAGAACAAUCUACGAGAACUACAACGCAAAGGGUCAGUGCUAGAAUACCCAUGCGUAUGCGAACUCAUCUGUGUUGAGUCGCAUGUCGAUAACUGACGCGGAUAAGUGCUGUGCGCUCCAUGUUGGUCUCGUCGGUGGAGGCGGGAUGUAAUACGAGAAACAAAAAUAUUAAACAAAAGAAAGUAUGGUAAUGGGCAGAGAAGAAACAAAAGAAAAAUAAACAGGCCGAACCUAUUGCCAUCUAAGGAAGUUUGAGAUAAGGUGAACACCCAUCCAUAGAAUCAAGCAGGCCAGCAAAGAAAUAAAGAAAAAGAUACACAGGAGAACAAUUACUCGAAGGCAAAUACGAUUACAAUUUAACAGGUCUCGAUUUUCAUACAAU